AUGAGCGCCAGGCUGACCGCCAUCGCCGUGCUGGCCCUCGUCAUCUUGCCCUUAUAUUGCAUCUACAAGCCGCCCGGACUGGUCAUUAGCUGGCUCCAGCGACAAUUCCCCGAAGUGUUAUUCCAGGUCUCCACGACGCAGAAAGUGGUGGCGCUCACGAUCGACGAUGCCCCGACGCAGUACACGGAGCAGAUUCUCGAGAUUCUGAAGGAUAAUGGGGCUGCAGCGACUUUCUUCUCCAUUGGUGGCCAGGUCGCUGGACGAGAGGAUGUGUUGCAAAGCAUUCUCCGAUCUGGAAGCGAGUUGGGAAACCACGCCAUGCACGACGAGCCCAGCAUCAACCUCCCCUCGCAAACGCUCAAGGAGGAAAUCACGCAGGUGAACGAGUACAUCGAUGCUGCAUAUCGGGCAGCAGGCCGGCCUCGACAGGCCCACUACUUCCGCCCAGGCUCUGGCAUCUUCAGCUCUCGCUUGGUCGACUUGGCCAAAGACAUGGGCUACCGCACCAUCCUCGGUGGCAUCUAUCCGCACGACCCCUUUGUCUCGCUCUGGAGAUUGAAUGCCUGGCAUAUCUUGGGUAGCCUCCGGCCCGGAGCCAUCAUCAUCUGUCACGAUAGACGCCCGUGGACACUGCCGAUGUUGAAGAGGGUGGUGCCGGAGAUCAAGCGCAGGGGCUACGAGAUUGUGACCGUUACUGGACUGCUGGAAUCGACGAGAGACACGUGA